AUGGUUUCCUUUUCAUUCAACAUUCUUGUGUGCAUUUCAGCGGCAUUCUACACACUCGUUCAAGCAACUCCAACACCAGGUCGCCAUGGUGCAAAAGUCAGUGGAAUCGGCGUCCCCGUCUCAAACGAAAAGGCCAAAAACAUCAUUUCCAAUCGCUACAUCGUAGUCUACAAUAACAACGCCUCCGACUCUGCCGUUGAAACCCACCAGGCAUCCGUCAUGACCGCCCUCCGGAAACGGAAUCUCAUAGCGAGAGGCAAAGAAGGGAGGAUGUUGAGCAGCAAGAUGGAUGCGUUCUCGAUGUCAGGGUGGAGGGGCAUGAGCUUGGAGGCAGAGGAUAGUAUGAUUCUGGAGAUUGCAAGCGCGACGGAGGUCGCCUAUGUAGAGGCUGAUACGGUGGUUAAGACGGGUGCGUUGGUGAGCCAGGCAAGUGCCCCGGCGGGAUUGAGGAGGAUAAGUCAUGCUGCUGCGGGGGGUGCAGGGUAUGUUUAUGAUAACAGUUCUGGGGGUGGGAUCGUGGCGUAUGUUGUUGAUACGGGGAUCAAACUCACGCACGCCGAAUAUGGCGGCCGUGCAAUUUGGGGUGCGAACUUCGUCAAUACCAUUAACACAGACGAAAAUGGCCACGGCUCCCACGUCGCAGGGACAAUAGGAGGGGCAACAUACGGCGUCGCUAAGGCCGUCUCCCUCGUCGCUGUAAAAGUCCUCGAUGCCGACGGAGCAGGCACAAACUCAGGCGUAAUCCAGGGCCUGAAUUUUGUAGCCACAAACUCGACAGCUAGAGGAUUGGCAGGGAAAGCAGUGCUGAAUAUGAGUAUUGGAGGGAGUAAGAGUACCGCGCUGAAUAGUGCAAUUGCUGCGCUGACGAGAGCGGGUGUCGUGGUUGUUGUCGCGGCUGGGAAUGAUAAUAUCGACGCAAGCUCCACCUCCCCAGCCUCCGCACCUUCCGCCAUAACAGUCGGCGCCAUUGACGCGUCCACAGACACCAAAGCCUCAUUCUCGAAUUUCGGCGCUGCAGUCGAUAUCUUUGCGCCGGGUGUGAAGGUGCAGUCUGUCGGCAUAACGAGUAAUAACGCCAGUGCGGUGUUGAGUGGAACGAGUAUGGCGUCUCCUCACGUAGCAGGUCUUGCAGCAUAUCUCAUGAGUCUCGAGGGGCUCGCUACUCCAGCAGCGGUAACAAGCAGGAUGAAACAGCUCGCUGGAGCGUCGGGGGCGAGUGCCAGGGGAGCAAAUGCUGCGACGACAACGUUGAUUGCUUAUAACGGGGAUGGAUUCUGAUCACUCACAAUUUCAACUGCAGUUUAAUAUUUAUACCCGAUAGAAAAAGGAAGCAAGAUUCGAUUCGUCAGAUCUGAAGUUUAUGGUUCACCUUACUAUUCUCUCUCUUCUUUACUCCUCAGCCAAAAGGUCUAAGUCCAGCGUCCACUUAUCCUUCUCCUGAGAAUGCACUUCCCAGAAUUUCUUCGCAAUCUGUUCCGUCCAUUAUCAGCAUUGGCAUACCCUAACAUUGCGAGAUGGAGGAUGGGAGGAGAAACAUACUGCGGGCUGAUUAAACCACCUAUCUUCCCUGCUCACCGGCCCCCCAAUAUUCAACAGUGCAACAUGCACAUCCGGGUGGGUCAUCGCGAGACUUUGAACCAAGUUCCUUUGGCUAGCUUUCGCCAAGCUCAGCGAGAAGACCUGUGGGGCGGGCUGUUGAGGCAGUAGACUACUUGUCACUAGCAACGAUGGCUUGUCUUCAGGUUUGAGUGCUGAGAGGAGAGG